CACAUCUCCUGGGGAAUAUCAUAACAUUCCGUUACUGAAAUACAAAUCUGACUACCAAAAACAUUUUAACUUUGCUAAAUUCAAUCCAAAGUAUGUUGAAGCAAUUCAGACCCCGGACGCUCAAGGUGCCGCUUGUGAGAUGGAACUCGGUGUUGCCGUCACGCACACCAGACGCCUCUGACGCCUCCGCGACCAAAUGCUACGAAGGCUUAUACAAACCGCCAGAUAGAGCCACCUGGAUGGAAGCGCUCACCGAAAGAAACAGACAGUUGGCGCAGGGAAAGGUUUUGGAUUCCUAUUCGUUUCUGACGCCCAAGACAACCGCUGUGGGUGAAAAGACCCGUGGGGACUCGUUUUCUUAUACGCUUUUGCCCUUUAAGGACGACAAGUGGUUGUGUGACUCGUAUAUCAAUGCGUUUGGGCGCUUGCGCGUCGGAACGCUCUUCCAGGACUUGGACUCCUUAGCGGGGAAAAUUGCGCACAGCCAUUGUUCUCCCGCAGAGCCUAUGAACGUGACGGCGUCUGUGGACCGAAUUUACAUGGUGAAGCAUGUGGAUGAGAUGUUCAAGUUCAACUUUGUGCUUGCGGGAUCUGUCACGUGGACGGGUACCUCUUCCAUGGAGAUCUCCGUGAAGGGGUAUGCGUUUGAGGGGGAAUAUCCCUCGGAAAUCGUCGAGGCCAACCUUCCAAAGGAGAAUGUCUUCUUGACCGCCAACUUCACGUUUGUGGCUCGUAACCCGGAGACCCACAAGUCGUUCCCGAUCAACCGUUUGUUGCCGGUAUCCGAGCAGGAGUGGUUGGAAUACAGACGUGCCGAGUCGCACAACUCUCAGAAGAAGUUGAGAGCCAAGUCGGAGUCGUUGGAACACACGUGCCCGACCUCUGAGGAGUCUAAGCUUAUCCAUAGCAUGUGGUCUGCCUCCAAGGAAUACGGUGAUUCCAAGGCGUUGACUCACGGCUCGACGUCCUUGAGCUUUAUGAAGGACUCAGAGAUGUCCUCCACCUUGAUUAUGCAGCCACAGUUCAGAAACAGACAUUCGUACAUGAUCUUUGGGGGGUAUUUGAUGCGACAGACAUUCGAGUUGGCCUACUGUGCCUCUGCUGCGUUUGCCAAAGCACCCCCACGAUUCGUGUCCUUGGACUCUGUCGCCUUCAAGUCUCCCGUCCCCGUCGGAUCUGUGUUGUACAUGCGUGCCCAGGUUGUUUACACGGAACACAUCCAUGACCCUAGCGAGACAUCCGAGUCCCACAAUUCUGAUUCGUUCGCCAGGGCGUUUGAACUUGCCCCGGCGAACAGCUUUUCCCCCAACAAGGAGAGCUUUUUGUCUUCGCCAGGGACCUUGAUCCAGGUCAAGGUCAAUACUUCUGUCAAGUCCUUGGACCACGAGACCCACAAGGAGUCCGGGAGCUUUAUCUAUUCGUUCUUUGUGCCACGCGAUGUGGAGGGUGACGAGACCCCCGGUUACUGCUCGGUCAUUCCAAAGACCUAUUCCGAGAUGAUGGAGUACGUUGAGGGCAGAAGAAGAGCCUACGACACUGCUAGAUACGUUAGGCAAAUCUCUUAAAUAGUGUAUGAUAUGGAAAUAAUGUUGAAGUUGACGAGUGAGAGGCGGUAACAGAUGUAUCAAAAAAGGGAGAUAGUCUCCAAACGACUAAUAUCACAACGGAUGGAGCUCGGUAUGAGUAAUAAAUAGAAAAGACAAAGGAUUCUUGGUCACGUUAGUAUCUUUUAGGGUUUCUGCUUCGACUUGUAUUCUCACUUAUUCCCUUUUGGUACAUUAUUGGACUAGAAUGGUUUGAUCUCGGCUUUAU